AAAACAUAACCUAGAAUAAAAAAGUAGGUGUACAUUGUAAAUUUUAGAUUUAGGUGUAUGUAUUUAAAUGGUAUUUAAGAAGUUACAAUAAAUAAUUGAUAUAAUGGUUACUCAGAAUAUUGCUGGUCUAAAAAAUUUCUUUGUAUUUAACUCUACCUUGGGAAAUAAGGAAGGAGAGGAAUUGAAGAAAAUCUUAUAUUAUUAUCCAGUAAUAGACAAUGUAGAUGUCCAAAUAAAAAACGUAGGGUUGGUGGAAGGCAUUAUUCAAUUUACAGAAACAUUUAAACCAUCCACACCUGUUAAAUCUUUAAGGACAACUAAAACAAGACAUUUAUAUUUUCAACCCGAAAAAGACUACUGGAUAGUUAUGACCUUACAAAUAAACCGUCCCUCAAAAGAGAAAGAUAUUUCACAUGAUGCUGAAGAAUUAGAGGAUGAUGUAGAUGACAGUGUAUAUGAGGCUAUUCUUAAGCAAUCAUAUUAUGUGUAUAGACUAUUUUGGAAUACAUUUGAAUCUUCAAAGGAUAUAACUUCGUUAAAGACAUCUUUGGAUGUCUUUUAUAGAACGUAUCUUCAAUCAAUAAAACUAGCCAAUGCAGAUAUAUUAAAUGUAUUUUCUGGAAUCCAGUACCUACCUUUAGAUAAACAGACUUUUCUUAAAGUUCAAUGUUUCGUCAAUUCUUUGGAAAGCACUUAUGGAAUCAUUCAGCACUCGUCGUUUUUGUAUAAUGAUUAUUUGAUAUGGAGCGGUGUAGAACCAAGCGACAUGCAAAUAAUAUACCAGUAUCUAAUAGGAACGCUACUUCCUGCCAACGUUGAAGCUGAAUUACAAGGCGGCUCGAUACCAAGAAAUGCUCCGUCACCCUUUGCUGCCUUGCGUCAUGGCAGGUUCAUCAUAGGCCCUUCGAAUGUUAAACUGGCCAAAACUGUCGGAAAAAUUCCUAAAGUAUAUCUGUUUGCAUCUGGCAAAGCUGAGGAAUUUCAUUUGGUCGUUUAUCGGGCGCUUAGUGCUACUGUCUGUCUCUUUAUUAAAGGUGAUGCAGAGUUGACUGUGGAUCUUUUUAAGGAACUAGACGAAUUCAUCAAUUCCAAACUUAUUUCCAUCGUGUCAGAUAUCGCAGAAUACUGCUCCAAACAAGUUAUAACUCCCUCAAAUCUACCGGAGACUGCCCCAAGGUUUAUUUACUUCAACAAACUGAAUCUAGCAUAUAAAAGUACAGUGCAUUUAGACAACAAACAAAGUGGGAAUUUGUCAUGUCCAAAAGAAGCUAUGCGGAUUGCUGCUGAAAUGAAAGCAAAUAUUCCGUUUUUGGGAUCAUCGGGUGAGACAAUAGUAAAGACUAUGAACGAUUAUUGGGUUGUGAUGAAGUUGUCUAAUAAUCGGGAGUUUUAUAUUGCCUUGCAACAGAAAAAUGCUAGUUUGAUUGAUAUAAAUGAGGAAGUUCGACGACUAUGCGAUACAGAAUUAAAAGGCAUCUUCUUUACACAAGUGUGAUCCAUUGGUACAUAUAAGUAAAUAUAAGGUUGAAUAUUUAAUAACAGAUUAUAUAUAUCCUAAUGUUUUGUUAUAUAAAUAUAAUAAAAAUAUUAUUCAAUUCAA